UAUUCAUCCUCAUCAAGGAGCACAGCGUCAGUCCUAAGUAGCAGCAUCAGACCACCAGUGAUCUAGCUAGGACAGACACAGUCCACGUGAAAUGGCUCGGGUGGUUGGUGCCUCCGGCGCUUGCGCGCUGCUCGUCGUCCUGCUCGUCGCGUGUGCCGCUUCCGCAGCGCGCACCGAGCCGGGCGCCGCGCGGCAGCUGUGGGACGACGGGAGGAAGGUGGGGGGAAGGACGGAGGUGAGGGACGUGGAGGGCGACAGGGAGGUGCAGGAGCUUGGGCGGUACUCCGUGGAGGAGCACAACCGGCGCCGGGAGGAGGGCUGCGAGGGCGGCGGCGGCGGCGUCUGCGCCCGGCUGGAGUUCGCCCGCGUGGUGUCCGCGCAGCGCCAGGUGGUCUCCGGAAUCAAGUACUACCUCCGUGUCGCGGCCGCCGUGGACAACGGCGCGGGGAGCAACGGCAUCAGCGAUGGACGCGUGUUCGACGCCGUGGUGGUCGUCAAGCCCUGGCUCCAGUCCCGCGCGCUGGUCAGGUUCGCGCCGGCCGACUCCAACUGAGCAGCUGCACGCGCGAUCGGACGAACCGCUGCGUGCUUUUUUGCGCCCCAGAGUGUGCAAUGUACACUCCAAUAGCGAAGUGUGAGCUAGAGUUGACCGCCAGAGUAUACAGGCGGUCAAAGUUUUGUAAGGUCUCCUGGAUAAAAAGUUUUGCAAGAGAUGAGAGGGUCGAAAUAAAUACUACAAUAUCGAUAAGAAUGUUUUGCUUCUA